CAAUCACAUGUCUCACUGUAGUGUAGAAAGUUUGACAAGUUGGUCGACACAAGUGCUGUUCUCCCGAUAUCGAAAACCUUGUGUCUUCUUCUUCUUCUUCUGUUAAUAACGAACUCUUUAUCAGCGUCUUUUCUAUCAGCGUCAGUAUAAAAACACGCCCAAAACAUGGAAAUCGUGCAGAAAAUUAUGUCGGGGUUUAGUCUGGAUUUGGGACCGGUGAAAGAGCCACUGGGAUUUAUCCGAGUCCUGGAGUGGAUCUUCACCAUUUGUGCCUUUGCCACCACUGGUGGUUAUGUUGGAUCCACUCAGUUCACUGUUGAAUGUGGAAGUAAAAAAGAUGACGUUACUGCUCAUUUUGCAUAUCCUUUUAGGCUUCCGAGUCAGCCGUAUGAGAUUCCUCACUGCAAUAACAGCAAGAACAUGACUUACCUGCAGGGAGAUUUCUCCUCCUCGGCUGAGUUCUUCGUCUGGGUGGGCGUCUUGGGCUUUCUGUACUGUACUUUCACCAUCAUCCUGUACUUGGGCUACCACCAGGUCUACAGGGAGUCUAACCGUGGCCCCACAAUUGAUCUGAUUGUUACUGGGAUCUUUGCCUUCUUGUGGCUGGUUUGCUCCUCAGCCUGGGGAAAGGGUUUAACAGACGUCAAAUAUGCUACGAAUCCUGACAGGUUAAUAACGGCAUGUCUGCCUGAAGAUCACUGUGUGGUGAAGACCUACCCUUCAAUGGGUCGUCUCAACAUCUCUGUGCUCUUGGGAUUCCUAAACCUGAUAUUGUGGGCAGGAAACUGCUGGUUCAUCUACAAGGAGACUCCAUUUCAUAAACCGGCCAAUCCCCCGCCCAACGCAGAGGGGGGAGUUUCCACCGCCUAAUUAGACAAGACGGGCUCCUUCCUCUCCUCUCCAUUUGUUCAUAAAGCAGAGGACAUCACCGUUUGUUCAUGCCGACACAUGUUGAAAAGAAACUACACUUUGAUAUGCAAAGGCUUCAUUUCUAGCAUCAUGCAUUGUUGCAGUCCACUACAUUAUAAAUGCUCUAAGCUGAAUUCUGUAUGGAUGUCCUUUUUUUAUUUUUAUUUUAGUGUCUGUUUAAUAGCACUUUCAGAAGCUCAUUUUGUCAAGCAGGUAAAAAAAAGAAACCAAAUUUUAUUAGAGCACUUAAAACACUAGCACACUAAUAUCUAGCUCUAGACAUUUAAAUCUUGUUGUUCCUUGUGGUUUUUAAUAACUAUUUAUUGGUUUAAGUGCCUUGUUCUUGAUAGGACAACACCUUACAUUUGUCAGGGAAGGACAAACUGAAAAAUUUGUCUUCGUUUCAUCCAUAAAGCCUCUGAUAUUUCGUCUGUAACCUUUAUUUUAAAUGUUUGUGUUGACUCUUCUUGAAGUGGUAUUUGGUAAUACAUGACUAUGCCAAAGACCAUAUUUCAUUUGCUAUCAGGAAAAAUGUUAACUAUUCAACACUAGACAUUGUUUAACAAAAGGAAACUUGUUUAGUUGUUUUUCUACUGUUUGGAGUAAGUAAUGUUUUCAUUGUUUGUAUUUGGCUGUUAUUUGACUUGACACUGUAAAUGAAGCGUCUGUAUCACAUGGGUUGAUGUUUAUAUUUACAGAAGGAACAUUUCAUUUUGUGCAUCUGUGGCAUGUUUUACCAUCUUAUUUUUACAGAAAGAAAUGUUUGAGGGGGGUUGCAUUUUGUUAAAACUUAAAAAAUAGAAUGAUUGUUCAGUAACAGUGCAGUUUAUGUUCUGGUAAAAACUGUUUGUUUCGAUUUCUAAAUUGUCUUUAUCAUUAUUAUUAUUAUUAUUAUUAUUAUAUCCUCAGUAGCUGUUCUAAUCCUAAAAUGAAACUAUUCAGUGCCACAUCUAAACUUUUUAAUCAACAUAACUAGACUUCAUUAAUAUAAAUGAUUGUAGUAAAAUAAGUUUGUGUACAAUUGUGAUUAAAGAGGAACAAAAGUGCCUCGGGUCACAUAAUGAUUAAUUUUUUGUCCUGGAGCGAUCCUCAAAUUUGGUUGUGACUUUUGGAAAAUAUAAGGGCACAUUUUUGUUUUUGUGUUUUAUAUCUCUAUCCUAAGCUCAGAAGGAAAAUCUCCACAAGGCUGUUUGCAGUUCUGGUAUGUACAUUAUUAAUAGAGGAGAGCUGUAUAUAUUGGUUCGUGUUUUAUUUCCUAAAGGCUGUUGUUUACUACAUAACCACUAGAUGGUAGUGUUGUAAACAUAAUAAAUCCAACAACUAAAUUA